GUCACCCUGUGCUGUCACCCAUUUGAAUCUUGCAAAUUAAUAUUAUGUGAAAAAAUCAUUGUUUAAUUUAUUAUUUCGAAGUAUUGUUAACAAAUUGUAAAUAUUUAACUAAUUAGCAAAUACUAAUACAUGUUCAACUUUAUAAAUAACUCUCUUUAGUCACUAAACUCUAUUAUUUAGCUAGGUCAUGUCUGAAGUCGAAAAUACCGGCAUUGGUGAUUCACUAAGCGAUAAAAUUGAUGAGGAUGGCUUUAAUAAGUUAGUAGUAAAAUGUAAAUACUGUGGCUCUAAAAUAUUGGACAAAAAAUCGGGAAAAUACAUCGCUCAAGAGAAAGAGCUACCUCUUAUGCAGCAAGACACGAGAAAGGAGGGGGAAAUACAGAGUGAAAAAGUUAACCAUUUCUACCAUGUGGAGAAUAUGUUCACUUUCGAGAACAUAGGAUUUACACACACAGUAGAUUGUUACAAAUAUCUAAGUUGUGCAGAUUGUGAUGCUGGGCCCGUUGGAUAUUAUGAUAUGAACACUAAACACAGUUAUGUAGCUUUAUGUAGAAUAGAAUAUGCUUAGAAUUAUGAAGUAAUUAUUGCAUAGUUUUGGAGUUAUCACUUAUCAGUAUCAAUUUUAUUGGCUGACACUUUUUAUUAAUGUUUCAUUAGGCCAUACCCAAAGGACAAAAUGGAACCCUAAUACUACUUUGCUGUCUUUCAGUCCAUCUAUUAUCAGUUACAUAUCUGAUUUGGUAUAGCAUGUCAACCCAGAAGAAUUAAAAUUCAAUUCAAUUAUUUUUAGGUGGUCUUAGGCCCCUAACUUGCAAAACUUAAUAAUAAUAAUUUGGCUACCAAUACAUAGAAGAUGUAAUGUAGUCAUUUAAAGAUUCUAAUAGGGACAACAGUAUGUUCUGUAAACUUUUAAUGAGUUGGUUCCCAAUCCCAAAAUUCAUUUAAGAAGCUUUACUUAUGGACGUAAUUAAUCAUAUAAUCAAUCCUAUUAGUAAUCUGUUGAUAGGUUACAUAACAACAUUGUUAUUUGUCCAAAAUUUGACAAUCUCAUAUUUGAUGCUAGGGAGCUAAGAACAUUAUUAAGUAAUUAAUAAAUACAACUAUUGUAUAUUUGCCAAUUUUUACCCAUUUGCAGUGAAGCAGUUUGGUCUAUGUAUGUCCAUUCCUGUCUGCUCGUAACUAGAUACUCAACAGCUCAACCGAUUUUAAUAAAUGAUAAGUAUGUCAUUAGAUUAGUCUUGAUGUUACUGAGUACACUGGGUACUGACUGGGUUAUUCACUCAAAACUUAAAAUUCUUAAAAAAAAAAUGGUUUUUAUGUGCUUUUUGUGGAAUAAAAAAAAAACAGUUGUUUUGAAAACUUUUAAAUUACUUAUAAUUUUACUAAGCACAUAUUCAGUAAACUUAAUUUUAAGUGUCUGGAAGUACCUACUUAGGUAUAGAAACGUCAUGCUUAAUUUAUUCAAUUAUUGCAAUUGCUAUGCGUAAUAAGAUUGCUAAAGCUCAUUUACAUAUCAUUCCAAUGUAAUUUUUUUCAGAAAAGAUUAUGAAUAUUUAAUUUUGAAAUAAGUACUUAUUUUUGAUGGAGUUGUAAUUUGUAUGUCUGUGCACAGCCCCAGUAUAAUUUUGUAUU